GCACCUCGGGGCCCGGCGCGAGAGAGCCGGGGCGGACGGCGGGCGCGGGGCGCGGGGCGCGCGGCGGCGAUGUUCCACUGCAUCCCCCUGUGGCGGUGCAACCGUCACGUGGAGACCAUCGACCGGCGCCACAGCUCGCUGGCGCGCGUGCCCGAGGAGGUGUACCGGCACGCGCGCAGCCUGGAGGAGCUGCUGCUGGACGCCAACCAGCUGCGCGAGCUGCCGGAGCAAUUUUUCCAGCUGGUCAAGUUAAGAAAGCUUGGACUCAGCGACAACGAAAUUCAGCGGCUCCCUCCGGAGAUCGCCAACUUCAUGCAGCUGGUGGAGCUGGACGUGUCCCGAAAUGAUAUUCCUGAAAUUCCCGAAAGCAUCUCAUUCUGUAAAGCCCUGCAGGUUGCGGACUUCAGCGGAAACCCACUGACAAGGUUGCCAGAAAGCUUUCCUGAGUUACAGAACUUAACGUGUCUUUCUGUAAAUGACAUCUCCCUGCAGUCUCUGCCUGAAAAUAUCGGCAAUCUUUACAACCUGGCUUCACUGGAACUGAGAGAGAAUCUUCUUACCUAUCUUCCCGACUCCCUUACCCAGCUGCGGCGACUAGAAGAGCUUGAUCUAGGAAAUAAUGAGAUCUAUAACUUGCCAGAAUCAAUCGGAGCUCUCUUCCAUCUGAAGGACCUCUGGCUGGAUGGGAACCAGCUGUCAGAUUUACCUCAGGAAAUAGGAAACCUGAAGAACCUGCUGUGCUUAGAUGUCUCUGAGAACAGGUUGGAAAGACUUCCUGAAGAAAUCAGCGGCCUCACUUCUUUAACCGAUUUAGUAAUUUCUCAGAAUUUACUGGAGAUAAUUCCAGAUGGCAUUGGAAAACUAAAGAAGCUGUCAGUUCUGAAGGUGGAUCAGAACAGACUUGCCCAGUUGCCGGAAGCAGUUGGGGACUGUGAAAGUCUCACCGAGUUAGUUCUUACGGAAAAUCGUCUCCUGACCUUACCUAAAAGCAUUGGAAAACUUAAGAAGCUGAGCAACUUGAAUGCAGACAGAAAUAAAUUAGUGUCUUUACCAAAAGAGAUCGGCGGGUGUUGCAGCCUAACUGUGUUCUCCAUGCGUGACAACAGACUGACUCGAAUACCCGCAGAGGUGUCGCAGGCCACAGAACUGCAUGUUUUAGACGUGGCGGGAAACAGGUUGCUGCAUCUGCCUUUAUCGCUGACCUCCUUGAAGCUGAAGGCUCUGUGGCUGUCUGACAACCAGUCCCAGCCCCUGCUCACGUUUCAGACAGACACCGACCACAGCACAGGGGAGAAGAUACUGACCUGUGUCUUGCUUCCGCAGCUGCCUUCUGAGCCUGCUUGUCAGGAGAACCUGCCUCGCUGUGGAGCGCUGGAGAACCUGGUGAGCGGCGACUCAGACGAGGCCUGGAAUGAGCGCACGGUGCACAGGGUCAGCGCCAUCCGCUUUUUAGAGGAGGAGAAGGAUGAAGAGGACAAUGAGACGAGGACGCUGCAGAGACGGGCCACGCCGCACCCCGGAGAGCUGCGACACCUGAAGAGGGCGGCCGAGAGCCUGCGGAACGAGGCGCACGCCGCGGGGGGACUGGAUUCAAACAAAAACCAGCUCAACCACGCCGCCGACCGCAUGACCACCACGUCUGUGUAGUUCCCCGCCGCGGCCCAGGGGCCGCUGCACCAGUGAGCUCCUCCUCAGCCUCAGCUCCGUGUCCUCCCCUGCUGUGGGGAGGCCCACGCACUCCGGAGGCGCCUCUGCUGCCGUGGCCUUUGCCAGCCCCCCUCCCCCCCACUCCCACCACCCCGUGUCCAUUCGAAGGCCCCCCCCCCCCCCCCCCCCAGUGCCUUACUCACUCCUCAACCAGCCAUCCUGCGGUGUGCUCCCGGCCGGGGGCUUCCGUUGCUUGGAUUCCGGUUGUGUGUAAUGCGUAGAAUACACUACUGCCCGUGCGGCUUUCUGGGUUGGUCCCGGGGUGAGGGAGAGCAGGAAGGGGGCUCUGUGUCCCCGCCACGCAGGGCCAGGAGAGUUUGAACGCAGUUCUCUUGGAGCUACUGUUGCUAAAGCGUUGGAUGUUGGGGGCUGACACUUUUUUAACUUUUUGGCAGCUCAGAUGGUGUAAAUUUUAAAAUUUUGUAUAGGUAUUUUGUAACAAAAAUAUGUAUUUCCUUUUGUUAAUUUUAUCUCGAAGACGGUACAUAUUUUAGUAUUUGUGCAGAAAACCAGACCCGUCUCGCAGCGUUUGUCUUAUUUGUACCAUCCACUCGUGCCUUACUGUAUCCCGUGUCACAUCACACGAGCUGCGCCCGGCCCGGCCGAGCACUGCGACCGGCGCGCCGCCUGUACUCACCGCCUGGACGGGCGCGCCGCCUGUACUCACCGCCCGGACCAACCGUUCUUAACCAAAAAGAAAGGUGAAUUCAUCCGCGAUGCCGAGUUAGCUUGGCUGAUGUGUGUUUGCAGAGAUGAACCAAAGGACUCGACUGCUUCCCUUCCAUUCCUUCCACGUCGGCUCUUCAUGAACACACCCGUCGUGGUGCCAUGUCCUGCCUGCUCCAGCGGUGUGUGCAUGUGCCAUUUGCGUAACAAAGUAGAGCAGAAAAGCACAGGGGAGGAACCAGCACAGAAACUCAGUGGGUUACGUGCUGAAGGGAGCGAACCUUCUUCAAGAAAGCUUUAAGAGUUAUAUAUUUGGAUAUCAGACCGUAAUAAAGGAAAAUGCCCUACUGCCCUCACAGAAACAAGUGCAAUUCAAUUUGUAAAUAGGAUUUGAAUCAAAGUGUAACACAAUACUGCUUCGAGAUUUAAUGUUAAAUCCGCUAACUUAAGGGGUAUUGGGUAUGUUUUAGUAUGAUUGUUGAUUUAUUUUGUAUGCUGUGACAAAAGAGAAUUGUGGUGUCUGGCAUCGUGUGGGGUGUGGGGGUGGGGGUUCUCCAUUAAUAAACUCACCCUGGACCGUG